AUGGCCGAGCAACACACCUACAACUUCGACAUUACCAUGAGCUGCGGCGGCUGCUCCGGAGCCGUUGACCGCGUACUCAAAAAGCUCGAUGGCGUCAAGAGCUACGAAGUCUCCCUCGAGAACCAGACCGCUACCGUCGUCGCCGAACCCACCCUCGAUUACACCACCGUCCUGAAGACCAUUGCGAAGACGGGCAAGAAGGUCAACAAGGGUGUUGCCGAUGGUGUCGAGCAGAGCAUUGAGGUCCCUGCUGAGGCGUAG